UUUCACAUUAUUCUUAAAAAUUAGGAGACAUAAUUCCAUAUAGGCAAGGACACACACGGCGACUUUCUCAAGAGACACAGAGGAGCCAGCUGCCCACGAGCAGUUUUUGAGCACCACUUCCUUCUAAUUAUAGUCAAUAGUCUAGUAAGAAGGCUAAACAAAUUUCAGCCAAAACCAACCUCCAUGGCUUUAUCCAUAGAUCAGAUGUUGUUUACUUUUUGAGAUUCCCUCUCUAUCUCUCUCUGUGUCUCUCCCUCUCUCUCUUGCCAUUUUCUCUGCAGACUGCAGAAAAUAGAACCCAGAAAGACAAGGAAAUUAAAUGGCUGCCGGGUUCUUACUUGUUUGGUUUUCUUUCUUCACUUUGUUGUCUUCUACAGUCUCAGUUGCAGAAUUUGCUCCUAAAUUUCCUUCUUCAAUAAUUCGGCCGGAGCAGCUCUUGGUUUCUACCAAAAACCAGCUUUACAAAACAAACUACUUCACCCAAACACUUGACCACUUCAAUUUCAAUCCCCAGAGCUACCAAACCUUUCAGCAGAGAUAUCUGAUCAAUGACACCUAUUGGGGAGGUGCUGAGAAGAAUGCCCCAAUCUUCGUCUACACUGGAAAUGAAGGAAAUAUAGAAUGGUUUGCUCAGAACACGGGUUUUAUGUUCGAAAACGCACCCCAUUUCAAAGCCCUUCUUGUUUUCAUCGAGCAUAGGUUCUAUGGGAAAUCCAUGCCAUUUGGGGGAAAGAAAGAUGUUGCUUAUAGCAAUACAAGUACACUUGGAUAUCUGAGCUCCACACAGGCAUUGGCAGAUUAUGCCACUUUGAUCACUGAUCUUAAGCAAAAUUUGACAGCAACCGACUCUCCUGUGGUGGUGUUUGGAGGUUCCUACGGAGGAAUGCUGGCAGCAUGGUUUAGGUUGAAGUAUCCGCACAUCGCCAUUGGAGCCUUGGCAUCUUCAUCUCCAAUUCUCAAUUUUGGAAAUUUGACAUCCCCAUAUAGCUUCAACAACAUCAUCACUCGGGACUAUAGGAGCGAAAGCGAGAGCUGCUACAAAGUGCUUAAAAGUUCAUGGCAACAAAUAGAAGAUACAGCAAAACAACCUGGAGGACUCCAUUUACUUAGAAAAUCAUUUAGAAUAUGCAAGAAUUAUAUUGAUGCAGGUUAUUUAGAGACUUGGCUUUACACUGCAUACGUUUACACGGCCAUGACCGAUUAUCCCACUCCUUCAAAUUUCCUAAAUCCCUUGCCAGCGUACCCAGUGAUACAGAUGUGUAAGGCAAUUGAUAAUCCAACGACUGGAAAUGACACAUUCGCAAAGUUGUACGGUGCAGCUAACAUCUACUAUAACCACAGUGGAACUGCCACAUGCUUCAAUCUAAACGAUAAUUCCGAUCCUCAUGACCUCAGUGGAUGGGGUUGGCAGGCGUGUACAGAGAUGAUAAUGCCAACAAGUGGAAACAAUAAGGAGAGCAUAUUCCCAGCUUCAGAGUGGAACUAUAAAGCUCGGGUCACUUACUGCAAAAAUAGCUUUGACAUUGAACCCCGACCCAAUUGGAUUACUUCUGAGUUUGGUGGCCAUGAUAUCCACAGGGUUUUGAAAAGGUUUGGGAGCAACAUUAUCUUCUUUAAUGGCUUAAGGGACCCUUGGAGUGGUGGAGGGGUGCUGAAGAGUAUAUCCAAAAGCAUAGUCGCUAUUGUUGCAAAAGAAGGGGCUCACCACGUGGACCUGAGGUUCUCAAGUAAGGAAGAUCCACAAUGGCUUAAAGAUGUGAGGAAGAAAGAAGUGAAAAUCAUCACAAAGUGGAUCUCACAAUAUUACCAUGACUUGGCCCAUUUCUGAUUUCUCUGCCUAAGGAGAGCUCAACACCACUGCAUUUUCAUGGAACUUGAAGCCAAACUGGCUUAAAAGGCUAAGUCUGAAGGCUUUCUCAUUUCUCUUAAAUAAAAGGGUUUUUUUUUUUUUGUUAAUAUACUUCAUUGUAUGAUAACAUGCAUUGCUUUUACAUUACUCACAUUUACAUUAUUGCUCCAAAAAAAUUAAUUAAAUUAUAAUAAAAGUUCUCUGCAAUUAU